AUGACAAAAAGUAUCAUCGCUUCUGAGCCUCCCAGCGCCGAAUCGUCCGGCAGGCUACCCUGGAAGAUAUUGGGACAAACGACCGGAUUCCCAAACCAAGACCAGGAGCUCUGGUGGCUAAACACAGCCCCUCUGCUCAACGAAUUUCUGGCCGAGUGCCAAUAUGACGUCCACUUGCAGUACCAAUACCUCACGUUCUUCCGCCACCAUGUCAUUCCUGUUCUAGGGCCCUUCUUUGCCCCAGGGACGACUCCAAACUUCGCCAGCAGACUCAGCAAGCACGGCCACCCUCUUGAUUUCAGCGUCAAUUUCCAGGAGUCCGGUGCAACAGUCCGAAUGAGCCUGGGGGCCAUCGGUAGCUUUGCUGGCUUGCAGCAGGAUCCGUUGAACCAGUUCAGGGCGAGAGAAGUUCUCGACAAGCUAGCCAUCUUGUACCCAACCGUGGACUUGCAGUUGUUCAAACACUUCGAGUCUGAGUUUGGCAUCAACCACGCCGACGCGCUGAAGGUAGCAGCCAAGCUCCCUAAACUAGACCGGGCAACGAAAAUGAUCGCGAUUGAUAUGUUAAAGAACGGGUCCAUGACAUUCAAAGUCUACUACAUGGUUCGAUCUAAGGCGGCUGCAACUGGACUCCCUGUGCAUACCGUCCUCUUCAACGCCGUUCAACGUCUGGGAUCAGCAUUUGAGCCUGGAUUGUCUCUGCUGAAACAGUUCCUCUCUCCGCUAUGUGAUGCUGGGGAAACGGAUCUGGGUCUGCUGAGUUUCGAUUGCGUUCCUACCGAAUCCUCACGCAUCAAGCUCUACGCUAUCAAGCAGGUCGGGUCCCUGGACGCCAUCCGGAAUCUCUGGACCCUCGGGGGCACUAUGGAUGAUCCGACGACUAUGAAGGGUCUCGCAGUACUGGAACAUGUUUGCGAGCUGCUCCAGUUCGGCUGGUCAGGCGAUUCCCGUGUCCAGCCCAUAUUGUUCAACUAUGAAAUUAAAAAGGGAUCGACCCCGAAGCCACAGAUAUACAUCCCUCUAGCCGACAGAUAUGACGAGUUCGACGCUGCCAAACUGAAGGCAGUUUUCCAAGAUCUGGACUGGAAGCGAGUCCCAUUCUAUCAAGAUACUGGGAAAGACUUGGCUUCAGUUUUGUAA